UCUUUCUUUUUCUUUUUCUUUUUAAAAUAAUGCAUACUUCACAAGAACGCGUUUUCAUUCUCGGAGGCACAGGCAAUGUAGGCUCCAAGACAGCCAAAGACCUCUUGGCAAAAAACAUUCCAGUAACAAUCUAUGCCCGUCAACCAGAGAAAGUCUACACUUUAUUUUCCAACAAUCCACUUGUUCAAGUUGUCCAAGGCGACUACAGCGACAUGACACCACUCAAGAACGGAUUGAAGAGGCACACACGUCUUCUACUUCUCAUUGCUGAUUUGCCCAAUAUGCCUUCUCAUAAAAGGACCAUCGCCAGCUGGGCUUAUGAGGCAGGCGUUCGACAAAUAGUCGAUAUCUCCAGUCUUUGGAGCAGCUUCCCUUGGCGUACGACCUACAUUGGAACUCAACACUAUUAUGCAGAAAAGGCCGUCUACGAACUGCCAGACCGUGGCGCUUUUGUCGCCUUGCGACCUGGUCGAUUCAUGUCCAACCUGUUUCACUUUGGUCUGUUUGAGAACGAUCAUGUCCUAGAUACACUCCACCCUGACCAACCACAAGGCUGGAUUUCACCCAACGAUAUUGGUGCAGUCGCAGCAGCUAUCCUCAGUGACGAUAUCCAAAAGCAUGGAGAUGCUGUGUAUGAACUCAACAGUGAUGUUGUCACGCCCAAACAGCUUGCAGAACACUUCUCACGCGCUCUCGGUCGUCCCUUUGGCUAUAAACAGAUCAGUGCACUUGACAAGUACAACAGACUGAUGAGUUCAGGUUAUAUGAAUCAUAGCAUGGCUUUCGGCUUGUCUACGACUCUGGCUUCUUAUGACAUACAGAAUCCUCUCAUCUCAGACGGCAUUCAGAUACUUCUUGGAAGAAAUCCUGAGAGACUGGAGGAAUAUAUUAUGGACAAUAAGCACUUGUUCAAGCAUUAAUAAGUAAUGUCCUAACGGUAUCUGUUGCAUAAAAGUUUUUUUUUGUAUUAAAACAUGGGUUUUAUUUAUCAAAGAAACACAAUAUGUCCGUAUCGAUUGUAGAACGCUUCAUCCACAGGAACAAAAUAAGUGAGGGCCGACCAAAUCUCGUCAGCAAGUGAUGCUAUAAAGUUUUUGUCUAGCAAAUCAGAAACCCCGAUCCAGCUUUGUCUGUCUUAAACUAUCAGGAAUCGUAUACAGUUACAAGAGUUUGACUUUGAUUCUGUCUUAAAAGAAAUAUCAAACAUUUCUCUUCUUUUCUGAAAAGUGACUAAUUAAACAUGU